AUGGGGAAUGCCGGAAUCAAAGACACUAGUGACAGCAAAAAUGAGAUUUACGUUGAUGAAACAAACGACGAAGUCUUGACGGAAGCUCUACGUGUGAAUCUGCAACGGUUGAUCGUCUUUGCGUGCUCUGCGGAUACGACUUUGCAACGAGAAAUUGCCGAGAAAUUGGCCAAUGAGGCUGUCAAGCCCGAUCGACAAGUACAAAUAGUCGAAUUGGACGGACUGCAGCUGCUGCUACCAUUAACCAAGUCAAAGGAUGCAGAGGUGCAGCGUCUAGCAGCACAUGCUCUUGCCAACCUCUCCGUCAAUUCUGAGAAUCAGUCUAAAAUGGCCACGGAAGGAGGCAUUGAUAUGCUAAUUGACCUCUUAAGUAGUUCAAACGAACACGUGCAGCGUCAAGCUGCAAAGGCACUUGCUAAUCUUGGCGUGAACGUGGACAACAAGGAACGAAUCGCUAAGGCGGGUGGCAUUAAACCGCUUAUUGACUUGGCUAACUCGCACCAGAUCGGAGUCGCUGUCGAGGCCAUUGCAGCACUUGCAAAUUUGGCUGUCAAUGACGCCAAUGAGGUGGAAAUUGCACGAAAAGGAGGCCUGAAGCCUAUUAUUGACGGAGCGCACUCGGAAUCUAUUGAACUCCAGUCGCAGGUGGCACGUGCACUUCGUAAUCUGUCUGUCAAUCCCGAGAACAAACAAGCGAUUGUGGACUUAGGUGGGGUAGAAGCUCUGCAGUCACUUGUCCGUUCUAUCAACGAUCGGAUAUGCCAGCAGGCUACACGUGCGCUCGUUAAUCUUGGCGUCAACGUUGUCGACUAG